GACCGACCAGAUUCUCCUCCCCCCGAAAUCGACGUGAUCUUCCUUAACGGAAUGCUGGGAAGUGUCUUCCACACCUGGCGACAAAGUGACCUCUCUUUCACCAAUGGUGGUGAGAAUGGUGUGCAGGAGAACAUAGAAGACCCGAACACAAGUAGUCUUCGACUUCCUGCUGCCUUCCCGGGACAAGUCAGUUGCUGGCCUCAAACUUGGCUAAGCGAGGAGUUUCCCAACGCACGAAUUAUCGGAAUCAAUGUUAACCUUAAGCCUUUCAUCUGGAAUCCUAUUUGCCCUGGUGAAAAGACUAAGCGUCGAAUAGACCAAAGAGCGAGAGAUAUCCUUCAACAACUGCUCAUGGCCGGAGUUGGUCGACGACCAAUUAUCUGGAUUGCUCACUCAGCUGGUGCAUUCUGCAGUUCCGUGGCUAGUGUCGGUGGUGUUUACCAAAUCUUCACCGCACAAUUUGCCACGUCUGAACACGCCUCUCACCUUGGCCACACACACUGUUGUUUCGUGAUGGGAUUUGCAAAUACUCUUCUCUUGACUGUCUGCAUCCGUCCAAAACCCAAUGGCAGUUAA